CUAUCUGCUACCCAUUCCGUGUCUCUCACACACACUGUAUACCUCUAAUUGAAGUCCCUCUCUCCUCCAUUACAAUCUCUCUUUUCUGUAUCUAUAACCUGUAUAUAAAGUAUACAUAUGAAUACUCACCCAAAACAAAGUAUACAUAUGAAUAAAUAAAUAUUAAAUUAAAUAAAAAAAUUUACCAAAAAAAAAAACGAAAGAAAAAAUGCUAGCGAAGGAAUCGGCUGGUCCGAACUUCGACCUUCCCGAGGAGGUCUUAGAAGUGCUUCCUUCCGAUCCAUUCGAACAGCUCGAUGUUGCUCGCAAAAUCACCUCCAUUGCUCUGUCGACACGUGUCUCCUCCCUCGAAUCAGAGAGGUCUGUCCUCCGCGCUCAGCUCACCGACAAGGACAACCUCAUUGCCGACCUCCAGUCCCAGAUCGACUCGCUCGACUCCUCUCUCUCCGACGCCGCCGACAAGCUCGCUCGAGCCGACCACGAGAAGGAGAGCUUGUUGAGAGAGAACGCUGCGCUGUCUAACACAGUGAGGAAGCUCAAUCGAGAUGUCUCCAAGUUGGAAAGCUUCAAGAAAACACUCAUGCAAUCACUUCAAGAGGAUGAAAACCAGCCUACUGGAGCAUCUCAGAUUGCUACACAUAUAUCAAGUUACGCAAGCUUGUCCACUCAAUCACUUGCUGGAGAAGAUGAUGCUACAUUGCCACCUUCAAGUGCUUCCUCAUUACGCAGUCAGUUGUCAGAAAUGGGUAAUUCGUAUUCAGAGGAUCACGAGCCAGAUGGCUCAAGACCUCGUGUAUCACAAGGCCUGUUGUUAGCAUCACAAGCUAGCACACCUCGGUUUACUCCUCCUGGUUCUCCUCCCAUUCUAUCUGCAUCUGUAUCUCCAACAAGAACAUCCAAGGCAUCAUCCCCAAGGCGACGUUCAAUUUCAUUUUCAACGACAAGAAGCAUGCUUGAUGAUAGGUCUUCUUCUGUGCCCUCUAGCCAGCAUGGUUCGAUGUCAAGCAUGGAUGCGGGAUCACAAUCUGGACGAACUAGAGUUGAUGGGAAAGAAUUCUUCCGCCAAGUCAGGAGUCGAUUGGCUUAUGAGCAAUUUAGUGCAUUUUUGGCAAAUGUCAAGGAAUUGAAUUCCCACAAGCGGACAAAAGAGGAGACUCUACGGAUAGCUGAUGAGAUUUUUGGCCCUGAUAACAAGGACCUAUAUGCUGUAUUUGAGGGAUUGAUCACUCGUAAUGUCCAUUGACAGUGUACGAAGCAGCAACUGUACCUCAAGUUUGUAAGCAUUGCUGUGAUACCACUGUAUAGUUUCUCAUGUGGUUUUAUGCUGUAAAAUAUAUAAUUUGUGUCGUGACAUCAUUCUCUGUUACUUGUUUGUCAAUUUCACACCAAACCACUGUAUUGCAAUUUUAUUGGAAAAAAAUAAAUAAGCAAAAAGUUUAGGUGACU